CGCGGAGGGGGAGAGGGAGAGCCAGCCAGCCAGCCAGCCAGCGCGCUUGGAGAGGCGAAGGCGGACCCCGGCUCCGCUCCGCCCAGCCCAGCCGGGCUCCUGGUUUUCCUGGGGGCUGCCGUGCCGAGGCUUGUCCCGGCCGCCGCGGCGUGAUCGAGCCCGUCUCCCGGCCCGGCCAAGUUUGCCCGGAGAGCGCACCGCGCGGGCCCGGCUGGGUGGGAGCGCAGCAGCCACUGCAGCAGCGGGAGCCCCGCUCCGGGCCGGCCGCGGCGGGGAGCCUCCAGGCGGGAGCCCCCGAUCCCCGCCGGGCCCUCCCUCCCAGCAGCGGGCCGCGUGGCCGGGGGCGCCCCAGACGCAGAGCCCCCCGCGCGCCCGUGGCCGCCUCUCCAAGCAUGCCGUGCCUCUGCCGGCCGCCGCCGCCGGGCCCCCCGGCCGCCCAGGGGCGCCUGCUGCUCCUGCUGCUGCCGCUGCUCCUGCUGCCUGCCGCCGCUUCCUCCUCCUCCUCCUCGGCCGAGCCCCGCUCGCGAAGUUGCUCCGAAGUCAAGAGGCUCUACAUGGCCAAAGGAUUCAGCCAGAACGAGGCGCCCAGCCACGAAAUCAACGGUGAUCACUUAAAAGUCUGCCCUCAAGGGUACACGUGCUGCUCCCAAGAGAUGGAAGAGAAGUACGGGCAACAGAGUAAACACGACUUCCGGAACGCUGUCGUUGAGUUGAGCAAUAACCUGCAAGGCGUCUUUGGCAGCCGGUACAAAAAGUUUGACGAAUUCUUCAGAGAGCUUCUGGAGAACGCCGAGAAAUCCUUGAACGACAUGUUUGUUAGGACUUACGGCCUCCUCUACAUGCAGAACUCGGAGAUGUUCAAGGACCUCUUUGUGGAGCUGAAGCGCUACUACGCCGGCGGGAACGUCAACCUGGAAGAGAUGCUGAAUGACUUUUGGGCCCGCCUGCUGGAGCGCAUGUUCCGCCUGGUCAACCCCCAGUACCACUUCUCGGACGAGUACCUGGAGUGCGUCAGCAAGUACACGGAGCAGCUCAAGCCCUUCGGGGACGUGCCGCGCAAGCUCAAGCUGCAGGUGACGCGGGCCUUCGUGGCGGCUCGCACUUUCGCCCAGGGCCUGGCCGUGGCCAGAGACGUCGUCGCCAAAGUCUCCGCGGUGAACCCCACGCCGCAGGAAGUCCGAGCUCUGCUGAAGAUGAUGUACUGUCCAUACUGCCGAGGGUUAGUAGCCGUCCUGCCGUGCUACAAUUAUUGCUUCAACGUCAUGAGGGGUUGUCUGGCCAAUCAAGGGGAGCUGGACGCCGAGUGGAACAGCUUCAUAGACUCCAUGCUGCAGGUGGCGGAGAGACUGGAGGGACCUUUCAACAUUGAAUCGGUCAUGGACCCCAUUGAUGUGAAGAUCUCGGACGCCAUCAUGAACAUGCAGGAGAACAGCAUGCAAGUGUCUCAAAAGGUUUUCCAAGGAUGCGGCCAGCCCAAGAUGUUGGUACAAAGCCGAGCGUCCCGCUCAGUCUCGGAAGGUAGCUUCAGUGCACGUUUCAGACCCUACAACCCAGAGGAGCGGCCGACAACAGCAGCUGGCACAAGUUUGGAUAGGCUGGUGACGGACGUGAAGGAAAAGCUGAAGCAGGCGAAGAAGUUUUGGUCUUCUCUGCCCGGCAACAUCUGCAACAGCGAGAAAAUGGCCGCCAACAGCAUCAGCGAAGAGGAAUGCUGGAACGGGCGAAACAAGAGCAGGUACGUCUUUGCAGUGACAGCGAAUGGCCUGGCCAAUCAGGCGAACAAUCCAGAAGUGGAGGUUGACACUUCGAAACCGGACAUCGUGAUUCGCCAGCAGAUCGUCGCCCUCCGCGUGAUGACCAACAGGCUGAAGAAUGCAUAUAGUGGGAAUGAUGUGGACUUCAUUGAUAUAAGCGACGAAAGCAGCGGAGAAGGCAGCGGGAGCGGCUGUGAGAUGCAACAGUGUUCUCCCGAAUUUGUAUCCAACGUCACGGAAAUAACACGGGAUUCCAAGAAAAUGGAACAAGACUCUGCUGCCGUUCGCAUGGGCCUUUCUGAAGCUGCCCUUCUCCUUAGCAUCUUCUUGUUCCUGGCAGGGCAAAGACAAUGGAGAUAACUGUGCAGCAUCUUUUCUUUUCUUUUUUUUUUUAGAGUUGGAGAGGGGGGAACGGGGGGAAAGACAUUGGGGGGAUAAAUUAGUUACAAGGCACCUAAUUUCACUUUUAUACCAUCUAGUGACUUUGGGGGCAGAUGGGUUGUUUGUAAGUUAAUGGACUUACAGUGUACAGUUUUUAUCAAGUUGCCACUGGUUUUGAUGAGUUUUUUCCUAUUCUCUCUCAAUUUUUGGGAAGGGGAGGGAGAAAAUAAACAGGGUUUUGGACCAGUUAGUCUGACCUGUUGACUGAGAAACCACAAUAAACGUGGUUGACAAAGUGUA